AUGUUAGACGAUAACUCUGAGACAUCUGGUGCAAAACCUGAUAAAUUAUAUUUUGUUGAUAUCACAGAGGAAAUGAGAAGUAAAAACUUGGGAAAUUGGAGAACACGCUUUAUAGUUCGUUGUGCAAAUGCCAGAGCUAUGAUUGGCGACAAAUUGCCUGAAGAAAGGAAGAAUCUUGUUGCCAUGUGGGCGGUUCAUAUGUGCAAAAACAGUGACGUGUCAAAUUCUAAGUCAGUCAAAUCAACCAUCUUUGACAUGGAUUGGAUUACACAGCUACUCGACAAUGCAUCCUCUUCAUCAAAGGGGUAUAUUUGCUUCUGGAUCAGUAUUGGAAGAGAUUUUAUUCAAGAGCAGAAGCCUAAUAAAGGUCUUAUCUUUUUUCAUGGCAAUGAACCUCAAUGGUAUGCAGAUCAUCAAGCAGAGUAUUUGAGCAUUUCUGCGAAGUUUUUCAAGAACCUGGAUCGAAUAUUGCUCCUACAGGCUAUAGAGACUGAGAAAUAUCUCAUCCAACUGAGCAAGAUCACCAAAAUUAAUUUGUUGAGACAUCAUGCCAAAUGUAGCACAUCCUGGGAUUUCAAAAUUGUAGAGCCAGUGAAGAUACAUUGGAAGAAGAAAAACCGAACCAAGAACCAAGAACCGCAAAACAAUAAUUCCAAUAAUGCUGAAAGUGAAUCGUCCAAAGAAUAUGGUAACGGAGAAACAGAAAUUGAAAACGUUCUGGUGCAUGAGUCUAGUCCUGUGGCUGCAGAUGAUGGAGCUUCCUAA